UCUCUUAGUACUUAACGUUGGUGUUAAUUUCCACUUUUAAUCGAACAGUUAAGGUACAACCUAAAAACUUAUUUAGUAUAUCCAUUUGAAAAAUUAUAGAUUUGAAGUAUGGAUUUUAAAAGAACCCUUUUUCUUUCGUCAAUAUCUUUUGUUAUUUUGGCAAUAAAUUCAGCUGUUAAUGGAAUGGAAGGAAACGUCGCGGAGAGUAAUUAUAGUACACCUCCUGAAGAUAUACCAGAAGACGAUGGUUACACUACUCCUACUGAAGAGAUACAAGGAGCUAAUAAAAGACAUACCGGUCCUCCUCCUACUCCACAUAGGCCAGGCCAAACAUUAACAACACCCCCCGUCGUUCAAACGGGAGUACCGGAAAUAAAACGUGAAAGUAAAAAUGUGAUCAAUCUUUUAAAAGAGAGAGAAAUUAAAACUGAACAAGAAUUAAAAAAAAGAAUUAUUCGUGCAACAGAGAGUGAUAGGUUAAUGAUGGAGUUAGAUCUUUGUAAUAAAGAAGCGCAAUUAAAAAAGGCCAAAGACAAAGCUGAAACAAGCGGUUCCACAUCAAACUAGAAUAAGUUCUACUAAAAAACAUUCAAAGUUUAUUUCCAAUCACAGCUAAAACCACUUCAAACUACAAUGCUGAAUUACCACAUCUCCGUGUUACAAUAUUAUUAAAAUUCAUAAUAUUUUGUGUUUUUUUG